AUGGGACAAGAGGGAGACACUGGACCAGGAUCGGCCAAUCAGAUUCUCUCUAUCAGGAAUUUGAAAUUGGAACUCGAUCGAGAAUCUCGGCUUCGAGAUCGACGACUGAGCCUCGCCGCGACUCUUGGUAUCCCCACUUUCCGGCCGCAGCUAGGUGAAGGGACGCGCAGGACAAGCCCCGCCCCUCUCCCCGCCCACGACGAAGUUACCGCCUGCGCAACGCAGCUGGAGGAUUGGAUGACUGGGAUUGGAUUUCUGAAGUCGCGUUUUAUUCGUCACUUCCGCUGCGUCGGCUCUGAGCGCGUCACUUCCAGGCGGCGCGGAAAGCAGUUGCCAACGGCCUGUGGAGCAACAUGCCUAAGUGAGUGGGGGCCUGUACUUCGGUGUUCGCGGCCACGGUUACUAAUUGUCUUUCUGCGGGAGAACGCAGAGCGGGCUCUGGCUCCGGUAGCCUCUGGGGGAGCGAGCGGGUCAGGGGAAGGACGGACGACCCGGAUUUCUCGUUACUCCUUUUCGAGUGCGGAGGUCGACUCCGCAGAGGCAGCCAAAAAGCUUAACUUGUGUCAGGACGUUUUAUUUUAUUGUGACUACUGCGACACAUACCUCACCCAUGACUCUCCAUCUGUGAGAAAGACACACUGCAGUGGUAGGAAGCACAAAGAAAAUGUGAAAGACUACUAUCAGAAAUGGAUGGAAGAGCAGGCUCAGAGCCUGAUUGACAAAACCACUGCUGCAUUUCAACAAGGAAAGAUACCUCCUACUCCAUUCUCUGCUCCUCCUCCUGCAGGGGCAAUGAUCCCACCUCCCCCCAGUCUCCCGGGUCCUCCUCGCCCUGGGAUGAUGCCUGCACCUCACAUGGGGGGCCCUCCCAUGAUGCCGAUGAUGGGCCCCCCUCCUCCUGGGAUGAUGCCAGUGGGGCCUGCUCCUGGAAUGAGGCCGCCUAUGGGAGGCCACAUGCCAAUGAUGCCUGGGCCCCCAAUGAUGAGACCUCCUGCCCGUCCCAUGAUGGUGCCCACCCGGCCAGGAAUGACCCGACCAGACAGAUAA